AAAUUAUUACAGGCAAUGAUAUUUUCUAAUUGUAAGAAUCUAGAAAUAAGUGGAUUGAAACAUAUAAACAGCCCAAAGUUUCAUAUUUCAAUAACAGACUGUCACUAUGCAAAUAUUUCAAGCCUCCAAAUAAUUGCCCCUCCACUGAGCCCAAAUACUGAUGGAAUUGAUAUUGCCUCUUCAUCUAAUAUUUUUAUUCACAACUCUACCAUCAAAACAGGGGAUGAUUGUAUAGCAAUCAAAGGAGGAACCUCAAAUACUACUAUAUCUGAGAUUGUUUGUGGUCCUGGUCAUGGUAUAAGGUUUGUAAUUUUUUCACACACACACACACACACACACACAUAUGGAGGUUCUGGUUUUGCCAGGAAUAUAACUUUCUCAAAUAUAAACUUUACAGCAGUUGAAAACCCUAUAGUCAUUGAUCAGUUUUAUUGUCCUCACAAAAUAUGCAACAAUAAAGUAAGUACAAUUUAAUUAUCUUAUAGAUAUAGAUAUGUAAUAAAAAAAAUAAUUAAGGUGUUAAUUAAUUAUUAAUUAUAUGUGUAAUAAUGUUGUUUGUUAAUUAAUCAGUUAUCAGCUGUGAAAGUGAGUAAUGUGAGCUUUGUCGGGAUUCGGGGAACAUCUUACAAAUGGAAGGAUGCAACCGUCAGCAUCCGGUGCAGCGACACCGUUCCCUGCACCGACAUUCUGAUUGACAAUGUGCACAUAACCUCGACGGUGCCACGUCAGCCAGUGUCUGCAGUGUGCAUCAACGCUCGUGGUUCAGUUAAUGAUACGUCCAGCCCAAUCGUCAAUUGUCUCAAGUACUGAAAUAUACGGGCCCCACAU